UGUGACUGUCUUGGCGUCGAUCAACAUUGAGGCGAGAAGAAAUUGGCCCAUAUAAAAAGAUCUGUCGAUAAGAGAUUAGCCGAGCAAUCAUCGCUGGUAGGCAAAGGAUUACAAAUUGCCGGUGGAUUUGUUACCUGCUCAGGCGGAAUUAUUCAUUGCGUGACGUAAAAAGUUGAUUGGCAUCUAGACAAGAACUGCCAUUUUUGCAUUCGCAAGUUGAAAACACACGUCCCUCGUCAAAAAUUAUUGCACUUGGUGAAGAAAGAUUCCACUGAAGCUUUUCACGAUGGGUGAGAGGAUAGUAUAUUAUUAUUCUUCCGUCUCUAGCAACCUAGAGUUAAAAAAGCAGCAGCAGAAGAUAGAGAUGAUCCUGGACAGCAAGAGAGUUGAUUACGACAAAGUAGACAUUGCUGGUAACGACGAGGCAAAGCAAAAAAUGAGAGAAGUAAUGGGUGAUCCCAAAGGUUUGCCACCUCAGUUGAUAAAAGGCAACACUCAUCUUGGGGGAUAUGCAGAAUUUGAGGAAGCAGUCGAAAGCGAGGAACUUCUAGAAUUUUUGAAACUAAAAUGAGUGAACUCAAACAGUGGCACCGAGUUGUAAUGUCAAGUUUAACACAGCCGAAGGACUCAACUGUUAAGAUUAAGUUAAUAUGAUAGAAAAGCAAAAAAUAAUUACUACUGAGCAGUAACUUAAAUAGGUGUGCAAGGGGAUAAAAUUCACCAUUAUUGUUGAGAAAAAGUUUGAAAUACUC